AUGAAUACAAUGCAACGCGCCGCAUCACCAGAUCCAGAGGAGGAGGAACUAGACACGGAGAUAACCUCAAUCCGCGCAGAAAUCCGCAAUCUCCAAAAUCGCAAGCGCAUCCUCACGUCAAGCCUCCUAACAACAGACCCAAUCCAAAAGCUUCUCCGCAAACCAACACCACAGACCGUCACAGCACUAAACGACGACCUAGCAACACUUUCCCCACUAGUUCACGCAGCCGGCGCACACACCAAAUCUAACCACCACCGCAUCGCCUUCGGCGCAACCGCCUUCCCAUUCAAAGACCCCUCCCCAACAAGCAACACGCCCACCAACCUGCUAGGCGUCCGCAUCGACGUCUGCGCACGCAAUGGCCGUUUCACAAAACCAUACUAUGUCCUUCUCCGACAGGAUCGAGACCGCGGCCCCUCGGGGAAAAGACUAAGCGUCCACCGACACACCGUCCCGGCAUUUAUCUCCAUCGCCAAGCUGGAAGGCGCGUACCUGCCGCGAGCUAGUGGGCGCGGACGCGGACAAGAGGAUAGCGCGUCUGAUGGGGACGACGCGGUAGCGGUGUCGAAGCCUUGGAAGAGCGGAAAGGGCGUGCGGAAGCAGGAUCUGCAGGGCUUUGUGCGAGAGCUGCGGCGGGAGCUCGUGGCGUGGCAUAUGCGUGUUGACGCGGUUGAUUUCCUGCGCGAGAAGCUGGGGCUUGUUGAUGCUGAGGGUCGGGCGCAGCCGUUUGAUGUAUCGCCGGAUCGAGAGACAGGGAUUAUUUCCCUUGCGCCGGAUGCGCUGGAGGCGAGGUAUAUAAGGCUUGAGUGGGCUGAUGGGCGGGUUGGGCGGUUUAAGCUGUCUAAUGCUGGGAUUGUGGAGCGGGCUGUUGUUAUUGGUGAUCAGGGUCGUGAGAAGAAGACGGAGGAUGCUAUGACUGGUGGUGGGGGGAGGGUUGAGACUGUUUUGGAGAGGUUGAGGGUGGAUGGACUGUUUGCUUCACCUUCUGGACUAUGA